GCACCACUGAACUCCAGCCUGGGUGACAGAGCGAGACAGCAUCUCAAAAACUAAUUAAUUAAUUAAGAUGGCUCCCUGUCACAUUUCUGUUGCCUUACCAAGAGAGAGACGGAGCCUCCCAGGUCGCAGCCGUGCACGGCCUAAGUGACAGAUGCCCGUGCAGACCUGGCUCUGUUGGCUCCCUAGCCCCAGCGCGGUUCCCGUCCUGCUUCGACUUCUCGCGAGCACCAGUCCCUGGGCUCCUGGUGAAGCCAUCACCUCCUGUCUACUUUGGAGCCAACUGGACAAGGGCUUGCACCCAGUUGAACGAUUCUCCAAAACUGUUUGCAUCUGUUUGAAGCUUGUCUCCUUGGGAACCUGCGAUUCUCAGAGCCCACUGGCUUGAAGGCAGAUGCCUUUCAUGGAGGCGACAGGCAGAACCUGACGUCCAGCCAGGGCCAAAGAAGGAAAAAUGCUCAGCAGAAGAGCUGGGAGGAGCGUGGGAUGAGACAGACGCACGGAGCCACCUCCACCCUCUCCCGCGGCCAGGAGGGAGACUGCUGGGCCUCGCCGUCCCUCAGGAUGGGUUGCUUGUGGAGGAAGACCUUGUCCUUCUGCCUUGUUUUUGUGCCCAUGUACCUACAUGGGGCUUCAUCGCAGGAAGCCGCCCCAGCAGGGCCAAGGAAACCCUUUUUUGAGAGGCUCCGUAGACUGGAGGAGCAGUUCCGGAGAUUCCAAGAGGUGACCUUGACGCACCUGCAGAGUGUCGCCAGCAACUACAACGUGUCUUACAACGUGGACUUGCGGUUCCGGAGCCUGGCGGAGGAGAGCCAGGCCGUGGCUCAGGCAGUCAACCGGUCGCAGGCCGCGGUGCAGGAGGAGCUGGCGAGGCUCAGGGCCUGGGUGAGGAAGGCGUGGCGCCGAGGCCGCAAGGUAGACACGCGGCUGCGGGCCUUGGACCUCACCCUGGGCGAGAGGAGCCAGCAGCAGGCCCGGGAGAGGAAGGAGCACAAGGCCCAGAGGGAUGCCCUGCAGGACUCACUGGCCCGCCUGGAGGGCCUUGUCCACAGCCAGGGCACCAGGCUGGCAGCUCUGGAGGGGCGGCUGCCCGUGGCCCACCCUGGCACUGCAGCCCCGGGGCCGGCCCUGGUCCUAGCCCCAACCCAGCCUGAGCAGCUGGGCCCGAGCUCCCUGAAGCUUCCGAGGGACAGGCAGGAGCUCCGAGCUGCAUCCGAGCACAGAGGCCCCCAGCAGGACUCCUCCGCCCCUCUCCAGGGGACGUGGGCGCCUCCAGCCCCAGGCAGCCGUCGGGCACUCAGCGGGGCUGCCACAGCCCUAAGAGGCCCUCCGCAGCAGGGACCAGGAGACACUUGCGGCGUGGGCCCCACCCUGGUUUUCCCCAACGCCUCCACGGAGAACGUGGUCUUCCUCAGGCCCAGCUUCGGCGCCGCCUUGCGAGCCCUGUCCUUCUGCAGCUGGGUCCGCACCGCCUCCAGACACCUGGGCACCCUCCUGUCCUACGCCACCCAGGACAAUGACAACAAGCUGGUGCUGCACGGCCGAGACUCCAUGCCGCCUGGCUCCAUCCACUUCGUGAUCGGAGACCCGGCCUUCAGGGAGCUGCCCCUGCAGCCGCUGCUGGAUGGCCAGUGGCACCACGUCUGUGUCAUCUGGACAUCCACCCAGGGCAGGUAUUGGCUCCACGUGGAUCGCAGGCUGGUGGCCACCGGCUCCCGCUUCAGGCAGGGCUACGAGAUCCCCCCUGGAGGGUCCCUCGUGCUGGGCCAGGAGCAAGACAGCGUUGGGGGAGGGUUUGAUAGCUCUGAGGGCUUCGUGGGGAGCAUGGCUGGCUUGGGCAUCUGGGAUCGGGCACUGGUUCCCGGGGAAGUGGCAAACCUUGCCACUGGGAAAGAGUUCCCGACAGGUGCCAUCCUGACGCUGGCCAAUGCUGCAUCGGCAGGCGAAUUGGUGCAGAGGACCAGCUGCCCCUGCCCAGAGCUCUGUCCGUGAGGCCACGCUGCACAGGGCUAUGGCCAGCAAGUGGAGCAUGCUCCUGUCCACGUUCCGCCAGCCCCGCCCAGCACAUUCCACAGAGGACACCCAAACCCGUCCUGCUGUGCACACCUGCGCCCUCACAUA